CGGAAGCGGAAGGGCCGGGAAGAUGGCGGCGGCGGCGAGAGGCGGCGGCGGCGGCCCCGGGGCGGAGGCCGCUGCUCGGAACUGCCGGGCCCGGCUCCCGGCCUGGCGGGGGAUGCUCCGGGGGCUGCUUCUGGCCGCGCUGGCAGCGGGCUCCUGCCAGGGGAACUCUGUGGAGAGGAAGAUCUACAUCCCCCUGAACAAAACCGCCCCGUGCGUUCGCCUCUUGAAUGCCACCCACCAGAUCGGCUGCCAGUCCUCCAUCAGUGGAGACACGGGGGUGAUCCACGUGGUUGAGAAGGAGGAGGACCUCAACUGGGUGCUUGCUGAUGGCCCACACCCCCCCUACAUGAUCCUGCUGGAUGGGCACCUCUUCACCAGGAGGGUGAUGCUGAAGCUGAAGAAAACCUCCCGAGUGUCUGGCCUGGCUGUGACCAUUUCCAAGCCCAGCCCUUCCCAGGGGUUCUCUCCUGGUUUGAAGUGUCCCAACGAUGGGUUUGGUGUUUAUUCCAAAGAUUAUGGCCCUCAGUUUGCCCACUGCAACCAGACCCUGUGGAAUCCCCUGGGCAAUGAGCUUUCCUAUGAGGACUUUGACUUCCCAAUUUUUCUCCUUGAAGAUGCCAACGAGACACAAGUUAUUAAGCAGUGUUACCAAGACCACAAUGUCCCUCGGGAUGGGGUUGGCCCUGAGUACCCCCUGUGUGCCAUGCAGCUCUUCUCCCACAUGCAUGCUGUCACCAACACUGUCACCUGCAUGAGGCGCAGCUCCCUCCAAAGCACCUUCAGCAUCAACCCAGAGAUUGUGUGUGAUCCCCUUCUUGACUACAACGUGUGGAGCACUUUGCAGCCCAUCAACUCCUCUGGGAAAGUGGAGCCUGACAAGGAAGUUAUUCUUGUUGCCACACGAAUUGACAGCCAUUCCUUCUUCUGGAACAUUGCUCCUGGGGCAGAGAGUGCUGUCUCCUCCUUUGUCACCCACUUGGCUGCUGCUGAAGCCCUUCAUAAAUUGCCAGAUAUUCAUUCCCUGCAAAGGAAUAUCAUGUUUACCUUCUUCCAAGGGGAGACCUUUGACUACAUUGGCAGCUCAAGGAUGGUGUAUGAUAUGGAAAAGGACAAGUUCCCCCUCCGUUUGGACAACAUCCAUUCCUUCCUGGAGCUGAAUCAGGUGGCUCUGAGGGAGGACUCAGUUCUCUGGAUGCACACAGAUCCUGUCUCAAGGAUGAAUUCAUCUGUUGAAGUGCAGGUUAGAAACUUGCUGGAUAUUCUGAACAGCAGCAGCCUGGGAGCAAACGUGACUUUGCAGGAAGUUCAGUUUUCACAACCUCUUCCUCCCUCCUCCUUCCAACGUUUCCUCCGUGCCCGUCACAUCCCAGGGGUGGUCCUGACCGACCACAGGGCUGCCUUCCACAACAGAUACUACCAGAGCAUGUAUGACACCCCAGAGAACAUCCGGAUGCAGUAUCCUGAGGGGCUGAGCCCUGAGGAGACCUUGGAAUAUGUCACAGGCACAGCCAAGUCCCUGGCUGAAGUGGCCACCGUGGUGGCCCGUGCUCUGUACCGACUGGCAGGGGGAGCCAGCAGCACCUCGGCCAUCCAGGCAGAUCCAAGAACGGUCACUCGGAUGCUGUAUGGAUUUCUGAUUAAAAUGAACAAUUCCUGGUUUCAAUCCAUCAUUAAACCAGACUUAAAAGGAAUUCUGGGUGAUGUUCCCCAACACUACGUGGCUGUUUCCAGCCCUGUGAACACCACCUACCUUGUGCAGUAUGUCCUAGCCAACCUCACAGGCACUGUGGUUAACCUCACCAAGGAAGAGUGCCAGAACCCUGAAAAGGCACCCAACAGUGAGCAAGAGAUCUAUGACUAUGCCUGGGUUCAGGGUUCCCUGGACCCCAACUCAACAUCCCGAGUCCCCUACUGUGUUCGCUCAACUGUCCACCUGAGCAAAGCUCUUUCUCCUGCCUUUGAGCUGAGGCAGUGGGGAUCCACAGAAUAUUCCACCUGGACAGAGAGUCGGUGGAAAGAGAUCCGUGCCCGGAUCUUCCUGGUAGCCAGCAGGGAGCUAGAGAUCAUCACCUUGCUGGUGGGCAUUGCCAUCCUCAUCCUCUCCCUCUUUGCCACCUACUUUAUCAACGCCAAAGCUGAUCUACUUUUUAGCAUCCCACGGGAGCCUGGGGCUGUGACUUACUGAAGAUGGAGCAGUCUUAACCCUUGGAUUACAAUUGUCAAAGAGCAAACUACACUGGAAUGCCCCUCUCUCUGGAUAGGGAUGCAGGUGGGUCUCUCCAGAGCUCCCAAGUUCUGGAUAUUUGAGCCCUGAAGCAGAAGAGACUUUCCCAGAAAACUGUGCCGACCAAGCCCUGAAGAAACUGAGACUGGGAAGUUCCCAAAGCCUUUUCUUUUGAAUUUAUCCUGACUCCUGAGCAACUCCAGAGGGAGGAUUGGUCCUGAAUGCCACUGGGACAACCAUGUGGAUGUUCUCCAUGAAGGAAAGGUAUUUUCUCUGGGAUUUGUGUGGACCAGCAGAUCCCACAGUGUCUGCCAGCACAAGUUGUCUUGUCCACGUCCACCAGGUGUUGUGAAUCAAUGCAGGGAGGACAAGGUGUAUUUAACAGAUGAUUAGAUGUAAAAUGUCCUGGUUUGUUUUUUUUUUAAAUGGUGCAAUAUUUUCUGGGGUAUGUGUGUAUAUAUAUAUAUAUAUAAAUAGUCCUGUUUAAUUAAAAAACCAAUCUUCGCUUACAAAUUAA